UUUGCUGAAACUGCCACACUAUCCUGUUACUACAUUAAACAGAUUAUCAGUGGAAUCUUGAAAAUGCCAAUAGAAGCACAUUUUCCCACAGGUUAUCUGUUUCAUCUGCUACUGCAGGAUAUACAUAGUUUCAGAAAACAUGACAAAAACUUAUGUUUAUAAAAGUUACCAACUGAAACUUUAAUGUGAAAAGAACUGCAGUAGCAUCUUCUCUCUUUGUAGGGAAAAAGGUGAUCUGGAUCACAGAUGGCUGCAAGACAAAAGAAACCAAUGGCAGCAUCAAAAUCCAGUGCUCUCUUCUAAUAUUUUUUGCAAUACUCUUGGUAAAAUUAUUAUAUUAAGUAAUUCCAGAUUCAUCAUUCCACACAUAGUAUAACACAUCCUUCCCUAAAUCAGUCCCAUCCACCUGGAAAUCUGACCUACAGUACAUCACUUCAAUCGGCUUUGGCUUGUCAAUGUUUUUCUUAGCGGCGGCUCUUUUCAUGUAUUGUUGUGUAAGGGCAACCAUUUUUCAAAUUUUAACAUAUAAUAUUAAAGGUUUUUGCUGACACAAACCUAACUCCCCCCCACAGAAAAGGGAAAGCAAGCCAAGCAACUAAGAUCUUGAUGAACCUCUUUGUUUCCAUGUUCUACCGGAAUUUGUCCUUCCUGGUAAAUGAGAGCAUUGCCAACCUGGGAAACUUUGGGGCGUGCGUGGCGGUGGCAGCAGUUAUGCACUACACUAUGUUAGCCACCAUUUCCUGUUUUUCAAUAGAGGGUCUACACUUGUACUUGACUCUACAGAAGUUUCCCACUGACAUCAAACGUUACAUGAUGAAGAUUUGCAUCACAGGAUGGGGCACACCAGCUGUAAGGUCUUGUUGCUUUGAGACAAUAUGAUGACAUGGUCAUUUCCACCGAUGAUGGGAAUUCAGCAAAAAUGUGCUGGAACUCUAAUGCUGUUGUCCACCAGGGGGUGAACAUUGGUUACUAUGCUGUAGUGUUCAUCUUCACCUUCAUCCUAUUUAUCAUGACUGUGCAGAGGAUUGUUCUCCAGAACACUGCAGCAGGGAAAGCUCAAGCCACCAGCUCCAUCAAGACAAACUCUUUCUCCAUUCUAGGCCUGUUCCUCCAGCUCGGCAUCACCUGGGCUUUUGCUGUUUUCAGCUACGGACCUCUACUCAUAGCCUCCUACUACAUCUUCACCAUCCUCAACUCCUUUCAAGGUUUCUUCCUGUUCAUCUAUUAUUUCAAUUCCAGCACCAUCGCUAGAGAGGACCGAAGCUUUACAGCCAGCGGUAGCACCACAGACACAUCAAACACAGUUGUUACAAAUCCACAUUGACACUGCAUAUGCUCUUCAAGUGGGGACAGAAAGUGUUCCUUGCCAGAGAUAAUCUUGACACAAGAGGGCAGCAUUUUAUUUCAUGUAGUCAAGCAGAGCCUCUGUUGAAUGAGGUGCUGGUAAAAUGCAAUAAAAAAGCCACUAGCCAGCUAAUUUGGAUUACCUUUAUUGAGAAAAAUGACUAAUGAGUAAAGCACUGACACAGGAGAUGGAGUAAUCUCCAGGAAAUAAUUUGUGCUGAUGACUCAACAGAAGCACUGUUUUAUUCACUGUGAAACACACAGUAACUAUUUGUGAUUCAUUCAGAAUAUAUCACAAAGGUCCUAAAUCAAAGCUUAAGUCAUACACUGGAAUGUUAAAAUAUUCAAAGGUUCAGAAAAAUAUGACCGAUGUGGUUGUCAUAUGGACUAAAGAUGGCAAAGCACAAAGAAAAAAAAAAGGCACAGGGAAGUCUUAUCUCUCACCCUCCUUACAGUGUUUGGGGGCCGAGCUAGCCAGCUAGCGCUUUGCGUGCCUACAGAUAAUUACCUUGUGCCUACUGAGAGCAGUAUCCACUGUGCGGGGAGCCUUAACUGGCUAACAAGAAAUGAGCUCAUGGCUACCUAUAGUGAUAAGAGGCCUGAGGGCACGCCACUAUGUUGAAACUGUUCUCUGAAAUAUGGCUGUAGUUAACUAGCAUUUAAACCUUUUAAUAAGUGGAGUGUAUCUUGGUGAAAUGCAUGUUAAUGACCAUUGCAAUUGUGUAUUUUUUGUGUGUGUAAUUGUCUCCUACCGAAUUAAUGUAUUAAAUAUGUUUAUAACAGAUACAAUCUUAAAACAUUAACCAUGAUAAAUAAGUUUUAGAUAUAUAAGUUUGGAUAAAGAUAUAUACGGACGCCUGCUUUCUUUUCUAUUUGUUUUUGUGUUCUAAUAAGCCUUAAAAGGAACACACAUCUUUUAUUGAAAUGUUUGUUAAGGCUUGUCAAGGUUUGCUUUUAAUACAAUAUAGUAAGGUAUGAUCCUUGAUUCAGCAUCUCAGGACAACA